CCAAAAAAGAAAAGGAAAACCUACACCCUCCCCAUCUCUCUCACACCCAAAACAAAAGCUCUCUAUACCCAUUUUCUGUCACACCCAAAAACCCUAGAUGCAACAAUGGCAUUAAGCUACUCCCUCUCACACCGAAAAACCCUAGAUGCAACAAUGGCAUUAAGAGCUCUCAACACAAUCUACUCGAAGCUCCUCUCUCGAAUGGUGUUUGUUCCCUCCGCACAUUCGCUCCCAUCAACUCCAAUUCCCAAUCAGAUAUUCCAACUAACAAUUCGGAUUCGGACUUACGUUCAAAACAACUUCCUCAUGCCGAAGGUAAUAAAAACAGAGCAUUCAAUCGAUUUAUGAAAGACGGGUCAACAUUCCCCCGCAAGGUGUUGAACGACGACGAGAAAUAUGCUAGGAUGGACAUGCCGGUGACCCGGAAGCAAGGGCUGAAACUGUUGGUUGCAGACAACUCUCUGAAUGCCUUGGAAGAGGUGGAUGAUGAUCCUCUGUCCGUGGAGGAGUAUCGAGUGAGUUACUACGGCAACAUCGAUCUUCCUCAGAGCCUCUACAAGAUGGGAAAUAUCGUAACGGAGCUCAAGGACAUUGCGUUUAGCUUGAAACCGCAAAUGAUGAUGAGGAACACUUGCGACAGCCGGCGAUGGUUUACGAGUCGUACUGAUGCAGUUAGUGAUGCAACCAAUGUUGAGAGUAAUGCCUUUUCUACUAAUGCAGCUGGUAAUGCCUUUUCUACUAAUGUAUCUGGUAAUGCAAUCCACGGUGAAGGCCCAGGAAUCCUUCAUCGAAUGGUACGUGCCAUUUACAUCAAGGAAGGAAAUUUUCCAAACAUUGACAAUUUUAUUGCAAGUUCUGUAUCUUUUAUCAACGAAGGAAAUUUUAAAAGCAUCCACAAUUGCAUCCCCAAUUUAGUCGUUUUAGGGGCACCAUGGUAUUUGCUGUCAGUGGACUGGUAUGUAUCGUGCUGGAAAUCAUAUUGCAAAAAAGAUUUUAGCCCUACAAAAUGCCUUCUUAAUUAUUUGGAAAACUGGAAUGUGACGCUCUUGACCAUGACGAGGAUUGCAAGAAUUGGGCCAAUAGUACAAACGUUUUUAAGAGUUGGAUCCUGACAAUCAUGAUCACUUUCAAGUAUGUAAUAUUUUAAAAAUGCAGUGACAAAAAGUGGUCUCCUCAAAGUUUCUUGAAAAGUCGGUUGGGUUUCCAAAACUUUAGGAAUAUUUUCUCCAAUUUUUAUUACUGGUAUCCACAAACAACGAGGUUGUCUUUAUUUCAUUAUUAGCAAUUAGCAUCAGUUCUGUAUCCAUUUUGAAAGUAAUAAUUCUCGUUCCAUAAAACUUAAAUGUGGAACGUCCCAAUGUAAAUUUAUCAUAUUAGGUGCAUCCAGCAUGAAUCAUCGGCUAAUUAUUUGUUUGUAUCUUAUCAUCAUCGAAUGAAAUGAUUAUAUAUGUUUGGAUGUC